AUGUCGACAAAAUCACUGAAUACACCCAUCGGUGAUACUUCAAGAGAUACCGCCAGCAGCAUUGCUGUGACCUUGGAGAGUGAUCGGGUCGCUAUUGCUGCAAACAAGGCUGCAGUGGCUGCCAAUACAAAUCCUCGAUGGAAGUGGUAUCUCAUCUUUUUUGGUCUGCAGCUGGCAUUAUUUUCAUCAGCGUUAGAGUACUCCAUUGUAUCCACAGCUUUACCCAAAAUCGGUUCCGACUUGGAUGCCAUGCUCAUCUCAUCUUGGGUGGUCACAAGCUAUAUCGUCACUCAGAACGCGUUCCAACCCAUAUGGGCCAAACUUUCGGAUAUCUUCGGUCGCAAAUGUAUCUUGCUUGUUACACUCUCCCUCUUUCUGACAUGUUCCGCAUUGUGUGGCGUGUCACAGUCUAUGACAUGGCUGAUUGCGGCACGUGCCUUUCAAGGGAUCGGUGUUGCUGGGGUAUUUCCAUUGGUAUGUGUGUGA